GAGUUGGGUGCGACGAGAAGAUGGCUAGACGUGGAAUUUUACACGGUAGGGUACUUACUCCAUCGCUUUGGUUAUCACCAUGCAAUGGCCAUGGGUGGGUCUCAUGAAGGCCCCUCUCCAUCCUCAAGCUUCAAGGGUGGUCUUCUUUGGAGUCUUGAUAUCCCUGAGAAGAGGGCCUUUGGCAUCCCAAAGGAUGGAAACGAGAUGAAGACCCCUCCAGAACAGCUUGGGGGAAGUGGUGGUAGCCAUGUCGUGCAGAGGUCAGGGGGCUAUGUGAUUAUGGAAUCAGAUUGUGCAAGCUUAGUGACAUCUAUGAACUCUCACUUUUCUGCUAUAAACUCUAGCUUGGGAACUGUCCUAUCAGAUUGCAAAUUGCGUAUGGCCUCUAUUAUUGACUGUCAUGUCCAAUUCAUCCGUUAUAAAGGCAAUUCAGUGGCUCAUGACCUAGCACGGUGGGCUCUACAUGUUGAGGAUGAUAAGCACUGGAUAACAGAAGUGCCAUCUUUUCUUAUGCAUAUUCUGGUACUUGCACAAGUCUUAGCCAAAAACAACCCUGAUGACCCUCUCAUCAACUUACUAAACCCAGCUCAUCCCACAAUCCCUCAUCAACAUCAGCAGCCUAUUAACUCCCCCGUCCAAAGUGCUGCGUCCGCAAAGAAUGCCUCCCAAUUACAAUUUCACAUUCCACCCCCGCCCCCUAAUCCACCCCAACCAAUGGCCUCAGAUGUUUCCAAAAGGUUAGAUAACCUCGAAAGGAUGAUGGCCAAAAACAGAGCUGCAGCCCCUGCCCAAACUAGCUCGACCCCCGAAUCCACUCCCCUUAACACCAACAUUGUCCAGGAACCAUACCCAUCUGGCUUCAAAAUGCCCCAGUUCGAGACAUAUGACGAAACUAAGGACCCUGAUGACCACCUGCACGCCUUCUAUUCUGUCAUGCAAGCUCAGAAUGCCUCGGACACCCUUAUAUGCAAAAUAUUCCCAUCCACAUUACAUGGUAAUGCUCGAACCUGGUAUUACAGCUUGAAACCAAACUCGAUCAGUUCAUAUGUCGAGAUGGCAACAGCUUUCGUAACCAAGUUUUCCAGUCGAAGGCUGAUUAAGAAAACAACAGCAAAGCUUAUGCGGGUGGCCCAAAGAGAAGGAGAAUCUCUAAAGAACUAUAUAAACAGGUUCAACGAUGCUGUGCUGGAGAUUGAUUCGUUUGACCAAGCUGUGGGAAUCGCUGCCAUCACCCAAGGGCUUACCCAUGAGCGAUUUCGAAACAGCCUGAUCAAACACCUCCUACUUCAUUUGAAGAAGUCAAUAAUAGAUCUUGCAAUUUCAUCACUACGGAAGAAUAUGUGUUGUCACAAAAGCCCUCAGCCAUCAAGGACAAUAGCAGCACACGGAGAGAGGAAGGGCCGAACAAGAAGAAGUUCAAAGCCAGUCAGAACCGAGGUCCAUUCCCAACCAAGGUUGACAAGCCUGGUAAGGCCUCCGCCCAUACGGAGCUUACCCACUUCCAAAGACCAUACUAAGUACUGCGACUACCACCAGGGCCAUGGCCAUACCACAAAGGCGUGCCACAUGCUGAAGUCUGAGCUCGAAAGCUUGGCAUGGAAGGGGAUGUUGAAUGAAUUCAUCCCCAAGAAAGAUCAUCCAAGAUUCAUAAGGGAACAACGCCCAAACUCCCAAGGGCCCCAAGGUGCUAGUAACAAGACGAGGAUCGACUACCAACAACCUCUACCUCCACUCCCCACCCCAGCCAAGAUCAUUCAUAUGAUAAAUGGGGGGCUGGAGGCAGGAGGGACGAGCUCAAAGCAACAAAAACUCUAUGUAAGCGUCGCCACACCCCAUAACGACCCGUUGGUCACAACAGCCAUCAUUAAUAAUUGUGAAAUCCAUCGUGUCCUUGUCGACAUUGGAAGUGCCCUGGACAUAAUGUACUAUCACUGCUUUGAGAGCCUUGGCCUCGAUCCCGCUCUCUUGCAGAAAUAUGAUGGACCCAUCUACGGCUUCAACAAUCAGCCAGUUCCUGUUGAAGGGGUACUGAAGAUCAACAUGGCUUUCGUAGGAAGGCCCACCCUAAUAGAAAUCCGAGCCAUUGUCUCGCAAGCCCAUCUAUGCAUGAAAUUCCCUACACCUAUGGGCAUUGCAACUCUGAGGGGAAACCAAGAAGUGGCCAGACACUGUUACAUGACAUCGGUCAGCCGACCUCGGAAGGAUAAAGAGCUAUUACAAUUACUGGUGCAACCAGAGGCACCUAGUACCCAACAAGUAAUGGUUGUGAAGCUACCAAAUAACAGACUGGAUGACAAAGCCAGAGCUGCGUCGGUGGAAAAAACAGAAGAGGUGCAGAUAGACGACAAUGACCCCAACAGAAAGACACAGAUAAGGACGAGACUCAAACCAGAAGAAAGAGAGGAGCUCAUCAGCUUCCUGAAAGCAAAUAAAGACAUGUUCAGCUGGACCUCAGCCGACAUGCCUGGCAUCCCGACCUCAGUUGUGGUGCACAAAUUAAGCACCAACCCUCUAAAGAAACCGGUAGCUCAAGAGAGGCGCCUGUUCGUAGGAGACAGACUGCAAGCUAUCGGAGAAGAAACCAAUCUCAAUGAUGCAUGCCCUAAAGACUGUCAUCCUAUGCCUAACAUAGGCAAGCUAGUAGAGGCCGCCUCAAGGAAUGAGAGUUUAAGUCUCUUGGAUGCCUAUUUAGGAUAUCAUCAAGUUCGUAUGGCACUCGAAGAUGAGGUGAAAACCUCAUUUUAUGCCGAAGAUGAAAUUUACUCUGAGAUCGAUAGAAACCUAGAAGUUUAUGUAGACGACAUUGUAGUCAAAAGUUCUCGAGCAGAAGACCACUUGACUGACCUGGCUGAGACAUUCAACAAUCUUAGAAGAUACAGCAUGAAGUUGAAUCCAAAGAAGUGCACUUUCGGCGUUGAACCAAGCAAGUUUCUAGGUUUUAUGGUUUCUAGAAGGGGGAUAGAGGUCAACCCUGAGAAGAUAAAAGCAAUAGAGGAGAUGAAACCACCGAGGUCAACCAAGGAUGUGCAACGCCUAGCAGGGAGGGUAGCAGCUCUGCACAAAUUCAUCUCUAAAUCAGUGGAUAAGUGUUUGCCUUUCUUUAAGGUCUUGAGAACCGCAGCUCAGAAAGACGAAACGGAAAAACCCCAAAAGUUCAAUUGGACAACUGAGUGUCAAGCAGCUUUUGACGAGCUCAAAGCCUACCUUAGCUCGUCGCCUCUACUGACUAAGGCUCAGGAAGGUGAAAUUCUUUAUCUUUACCUCGGGAUAUCUGAUACUACUGUUAGUUCUGUCUUGAUAGCAUUCCAGCAAAGGUCUGCAAUCCGAGCUCAGGCUUUGGCAGAUUUCGUGGUAGAAUGCACUUCCAAUCAGGAGGGAUCGAAUAUCGAGGCAAAAACAUGGACCCUGUAUGUCGAUGGAUCAUUUAAUAGCAAGGGUUCAGGAGUUGGAGCAGUACUAACCAGGCCUGACAGCUUCCGGAGUGAACACGCUUUGAAAUUCAAUUUCGAGGCCACAAACAACGUGGCCGAGUACGAAGCCCUCCUCCUGGGACUGUGUUUGGUGGCCGAGCUCAAAGUCAAGCGCCUGCAGAUUUACAGUGACUCACAGUUGGUAGUUAACCAAAUCAAUUCCAUGUGCGAAGUCAUUGAUCCCACUCUGGCAAAGUAUGUGACUGCAGUUUCGGAACUGAAAAAUCACUUCAAGAAAUUCCAACUUACAAAAAUUUCAAGAGCAGAAAAUGAGCAUGUAGAUUCUUUGUCAAAAUUAGCGUCUGAAAACUCGGGGGAGGUAAAAUUUGUGUACAUUGAGAUACUGAAUGAACCAAGCUUCCAGACGUCGAGGGUGAUGGAAAUCAACACUGAUCCAGAAGCUCCCGGUUGGACGGAUCCCAUCAAAGCGUACCUCCUCAAAGGAACCGUCUUAGGGGACAAACAGGAAGAGAUGAAACUACGAAAAAAAGCCUCCCAGUACACUCUGGUUGGUGAUGUUUGUACAAGAGACCCUAUUCAUUACCUCUCCUCAGUCAUCUACAGAUACGGGAUACCGAACCAGGUUAUUGCUGAUAACGGUCCCCAAUUCAAUUGUAACUCCUUCAAGGAUUUCUGCUCCAACUAUGGGAUUAAAUUGGUCUUCACUUCUGUUUAUCAUCCCGAGGCCAAUGGAAUGGUUGAAUCAGUUAACAAAGCCAUCUUGGAGGGGAUCAAGCCAAGGUUAGAUCAGCUGAAAACAAAAUGGCUAGAUGAACUCAACAACGUCCUGUGGGCUUACCGGGCAACAAGUCGAACUGCCACAGGCGAAUCGCCCUAUCACUUGGCCUUUGGCACCGAGACAGUUAUUACUGUCGAAAUUGGUGUCCCGAGCCUAAGGACGCUUGCGUACAAACAAAGAAUAGCCAGCCUUUACGAUAAACGGAUUCGACCUCGAAACUUCAGAGUUGGUGACCUAGUCCUUAGAAAGGCCGAGCUCACAAGGUUCGAGACUCGCUACGGCAAGCUAGCACUAAAUUGGGAAGGCCAUUACCUUGUAACCGAGAUCUCACACCCCAGUGCAUACAUACUCCAAGAUGCUGAAGGCAAAAAAAUGCCUAGGGUUUGGAAUGUUAACAACCUUAAGAAAUUCCACCCUUGAAAGUUCCUCACUUUACUCUCUGUGUUAGGCAUCUUUUUGUAACAACUAAUGUUCAAAUACAAUUAAAGAUGAAGUCAAUUU